AUGGCGUCCUGGUACUCCAACAUCCUCACAAACACCACCUCCCGCAUCACAAACCUCCAGCGUUCGGUCUUCGCCUCCGAGGCCGACGGCGACACCGAGGACGACACACAUGUCUGCCGCGUCCUACGGCAGCACUACACCGAGAGCGGCCGCCCGCUGCCCAACUGGCUCCCGCCUGACCCAAAGGCACCGCCACCAGCGCCCAUCAUUCAGCAGAACUCUGGACCGGCGGCGUCCCGGUAUGGUGCACCGCAGCAAGGGGCCCAGGGCGGGCUGAGCAGCUUGUGGGACCAAAAUCGCGGCGCGGGCAGGGGCGCCACGGCAGCAGGGAGCCGGAACCCCUUCGCGCGCAACGCCGCCACGCCGGAUCCGGCUGGGAGAGAGGCAAUCCAGGCACGGCCACUGCCGAGCCAGCGGGCGGGCAGCGUGCAGAGCAACAGCGUGGACAUGGGCUCCGGAGGAGGAGGCGGCGGCGCGUCGAGCGCGCAGGACAGGCUACGACAGCGGCUCUACGGGGGUGGUGCGAGGACCACGUCGCCUUCCAGCUCUACAGGCCCUUUCGCGCCGCCGCCUGCGCAGCAAGGGGGCGGUGGCAUGCCGUCGCGGAGCAGGGGAGGCUCUGCGGCGAACGCGGGCAGUGGGGAUUAUGACCCUUACGGGCCUGGUGGCCAGUUCGACUCUGGCAGCGGCGGUGGGGGAGGCAACAGGUACGGUGGUCUGCCGUCAGGGCCGAGGAGGAUGGGCGGCUACCCAGCGGCCCACGGAUGA